AUCUCAGCCACGAAGGAAAGGAACAGACAGAGUCGAGUGUGACAAUAUUUGAGACUGGGAGCAAGUUCAUCAGACACAGCCUUGCACACACUGCUGUAGGAAACCAUGAGUGGCCAGAGUGUGGGGAAAGACUCCCUGGGAAGGCUGACCUCAGCAGAUACACCCACACGCUCUGCUGAAGGACCUCAUGAGUGCCUUGACUGUGGCAAAAGCUUCAGUAAGAAGAGCUACCUCAACGUACACAGCCGUGUACACACUGAUGAAAGGCCUCAUGAAUGCCUUGACUGUGGCAAAAGGUUCAGUAUUAAGAGCUACCUCAAAAGACACACCCUUACACACUCUGCUGAAAUGCCUCAUGAAUGCCUUGACUGUGGAUAAAGGUUCAGUUACAAAAGUGUUCUCAACAGACACACCCUUACACACACUGGUGAAAGGCCUCAUGAAUGCCAUGACUGUGGCUAAAGGUUCAGUAAGCAGGGUAACCGCAAGAGACACAGCAGCACACACUCUGCCUCACGAGUGCCCAGUUUGUGGAAAGAGGUUCAGUGACAGCAGUAGCUUCAACAGACACAAGCGGACACACGCUGGUGAAAGACCCUUUGAGUGCUCAGAGUGUAGCAGGAGGUUCAUUGACAGGAGUGUCCUUGACAGACACAGCCUGACACACACUGCUGAGAAGCCCCACCAGUGCCCAGAGUGUGGCCAGAGAUUCAGCCUCAGGAGCAGCCUCAGCACACACAGCCUUACACACAGCGGUGAAAGACCCUUUGAGUGCUCAGAGUGUGGCCGGAGGUUCAGUGACAGGAGCAGCCUCAGCACACACAGCCUUACACACAGCGGUGAAAGGCCCCACCAGUGCCCAGAGUGUGGCCGGAGGUUUGCUCUGAGGCAGGCGUUGAACAGGCACAUCUUCAGACACUGGCCUGCGAGAGUUCAAGUGUGACGUGUGUGGGAAGCACUUCAAGACGAAGGGUGACAUUGCCCAGCACAUGAAUAUCCACUUCUGAGGUGCUGUGCUGUGUAUGGGAGUGUAGCAGCACAUUGUCAUGCUCAAGACAGAGAGGAGGAAGCCUUACAGUAGAGGAACACAUGGACAGCGAACACUUGGACCUGCUUUGUGCGGUGUCAUCACAGAGAAUAGGACACCAGUAUAACAGGAUAGGAGGUAAUACACAGAUGGAACACACACAACAGGACACCAGGAGACAGCCAGCAUCACCACCAUCAUAUCCCUGCCCUCAACUCUACCACAUCAACCACACACCAAUGACUCCAAAUUAAAUAAGAAAUCUCAACCCAUGGAAUUGUUUGUCUCCUUGAAAGCAAUAGACUCAGCAAGUGGCUGCAGUGGUGUAUGACUAUUGCUGGACCCAUGCUGCCCCCCGGUGCUCCUCUUGGAUGAAGUCGCUGAAGUUUGGGUUGACUGGAGAUCCAUGCAGCAUGUGGGUAAUCUUCUGCCACUCGCUGAUGGUUGAAAAUUGUUGGUGUGCUUCAGUGAGACUCAAACCUUGGUCCUCAGCCACUGCCUCCUUCCCGCUGGCUGUUGACUAUUCUGCUGCCCAGGUGAGGUGAGGCCAGGUGAACCCAGUCAACUCUCCCAACACACCUGUCACUAUGAGCAAUGCAGUGAGGCAGGUCAGAUCAUGUGAAGAACUGGCAGCAGAUGAACAACCAAAACAUGUAGAGGUCAGGGGAGGCAGAGGACCAAAUGGAGAGAUGGAAUUAGAACCUUUGCUGGAGCAGGAAGGCGCACACAAACACCAGACAGAGAGAGGGCCUUUGCCAGAGAGGCACGAGAAGUUGUCCCCCUCACCCACCCUCCACCCCCACAACCAGCACCCCUCCCCCACCACCAUCGCCACCGCUGCCACCACCACACCUGCCGCCCCAGUCACACCUUCAGCGCAGGACACAGAGGACAAGGUGGAUGGCGUGUUAUUCAACAACAGCCCAUACCUAGUAGGGAGGGGCUCCACACCUCACCAUGGGGGAGGCCCAGCAAGGAAGCACCCCCUGUACGGGCCGGAGGACCCCUUUGCCCCGCCGCAGGAGGCCGCCACCAAGAAGUACGCACGCAGGUUCUGGAUCCUUGGCAGCUUCUCCUUCUUGGCCAUGUUCCAGUGCCUGAUGUGGAACACGUGGGGGCCGCUCAGUGCCAGCAUGGACGCGGCCUAUCCCGGGUGGGGCAGCGACACGGUGGCCAUGAUGGGGAACUGGGGCACCAUCACCUUUGUGGUGUUUGUGGCGCCCAUGUGCUGGAUUAUGAGCACCCGCGGCCUGCGUGUGGGGGUGCUGGUGUGCUGCACCCUCGUGGCUGCCGGCGUGGUGCUGAGGGUGCUGCCUAUACUGUUCUCAGACAAUGUCACCUUCUUUACUGUGAUGUGCCAUGUGUGUGCCAUUCUGGUGGGCACAGCGGGCACCCUCAUCAUGGCAGCUCCCCCCUUGAUCGCUGCUGUCUGGUUCCCCCCUAAACAGCGAACCACUGCCACAGCCUUCGCCCAGAUGUGCAAUGUCCUGGGGAACUCCGGCAGCUACCUGGAGCCGCUGCUGGUGAAAGAGCCAUCCUCGCCGCACCCCGGGCCUGAGGAGGUGCAGGAGAUACAGUCAGACGUCAACUUGCUCAUGUAUAUCUGGGCGGUCGUGGGUGUGGCGAUUCUUGUGGCGGUGUACCUGUACUUCCCUGCCAAGCCUCCCACGCCCCCUUCCCUCACAUCCCACGUGGAGAGGCUGGACUUCAGGGCGGGUGUGAAGAUGAUGGCCAGGAACCGUGAGCUCCUGCUGGUGACGCUGUCCUACAGCCUGUGUCUUGGGGUGCCGUCAGCCUGGACCAGCGUCCUCAACUUCUCCCUGUAUGAGCUGGGCAUGACACAGAAUGAUGCCAUGUGGGUGGGUUUGUCAACCACCUUGUCGUCUGGUCUGCUGGCGCUGGUGGUGGGGCGGUUGACGGACUUGAUGUAUGGCUACAUCAAGCUGACGCUCCUCAUCUUCCUGGCCGUCAACAUCGCCCUCUUCUACUGGUUCUUCCUCCUCACCUGGGGCUCCAUACCCGUCUCCAUCUGGCAGAUCUACGUGACAGUGGUGGGCGGCGUGGCCUUCAACUUCAGCACCUGUCCGCUGUUCUUUGAGCUGGCCGUGGAGAGCGCCUACCCCUGCUCGGAGGUGAUGGUGGGCGGCAUCAUGACCGGCGCCAACAACUUUGUCGGACUCUGCUUCCUCUUCCUCUUCUUCAUCCCCUUUGAGAGCUACCAGUGGGUGACGUACGUGCUGCUGGCCACCCAGGGUUUGUGUCUCAUCCCUUUCGUGUUCGUCAAGGAGAAUUACUCUCGCUCAAACAUCGACCGCAGUGACCCUGCCUCUGCCUACCAGCCCUUCAACGAACUGUCUUCCCCCAGCAAUGCGACCUGAACCCGGGGCACCACGACCUUGUUUGUUGUGGCGCUGCCCUAUGUGUGGGCUUUCUUGAGGGGUCUCUGUGAUAGCCCGUCAUCGGCGCAGGCGAAUUUUAUUUAUGGUGGUGCCGUGAUGUAUGGUUGUGGUGUUGGUUGUCUCGUCAGUGAGUCCUUGUCUGUCGUUUUUUUUUAGUUUUUUUUAUUUAUUUAUUUAUUUUUUUUUUUUACAGCAGAGGAGACACUGCAAGGGCGUAAAAAAAAAGAAAACUAUGAUAAAAAAAAAGCCCGCUACUUACUGUCCCUAAAUAGAGUAGAGCGGCCAAAAAGAGAAAUCAGUUUUGGGAGGAGAGGUGUCCUGAUGCCCUCCUCUUGUGUGUUGUUGUUCUUGGUUGUGGUGUGCUGCUGAAGGGUCUGUUUGUGUGUGUGUGUGUGUGUGUGUGUGUGUGUUGGUGUCUGUGUGUUUGUCUGUGGCGCAGGACCCAUAAUUGAUUGUUUGUUUGUUGUGCAAUUGACCUUAUCUACAAAAAUUGAUUCCUUGCUUAUAAUUUUUCUUAUUUCUGUAUUUUGAUUUUGUUCGUCUAUUUACUUAUUUAUCUCCUUAUUCUUCCCCUCCUUGACCUGUCUGUGUGGAGCUGUGGCACCCUGCUCCCUCCAGAUAUCAUCCUUGAAGGGUCACCUCGGCAGCACAGCUCCAGCCCUCCCUGUUCACCGCACCCUCCAGUCUGCAACAGUAACCUCCUGCCCACCACUCUCCUUCUCUCCACCCCUCUCCUCCUUGAACUCUUCAGUCUUAGCAAUCCAUCUUAGCUGUCCUUUAUUCCAUAUUUAUAUUUAUUUAUUUAUCUCUCUAUUUGCUGUGUUUUGAUUAUUAAGUCUAUAUGCUCUGAGAAUUAGAGGUAAUGUGUGUGUGUGUGUGUGUGUGUGUGUGUGUAGUCCCCAGGGCCUGAGCCACAGUGCAUGGUGUGGUCCUGUCUCUGUUUGUCCAGUUUUUCCUUGAGGCUGUCUGUGUACUUCCUCCCACACUUCUCCAUUUGAUUCAUUCCAAGUAUUUAUAUUUCUGUGAGGAAAACUAAGGAUGCAAAAGGUGGGAAAGUUUCUGAAAAAAUGGAAACUUUCCAGGGAAAGUUCUCAGGAAUUUUGGGAAUUUUCAGGAAUUUUAACAUUUUUCUCAUGUGUUUUUGUAUUAAUAAACAAACCAAUUUUUGCCAAUAUAACUAUCAAGUAAAAAUUUUCAAGCAAUAAACAAUUGUAUUUCCUUAAAAUUACGUUCCCACUGACAGAACACCGAGAGACAGUAACGUUGAACAUUUGUGUGUGUGAGUAAAUACUGUAAAAAACAUACCAUAUUUCCCGCCAUAUAAGACGCACUUUUAUUCAAAAAAGAAGAUUCGUAAAAUCACCCAGCGUCUUAUAUCACGAUGGUUAGGUUUUGGAAGGCCUAGGGGUUAUUGGUACUGGUACAAAAACAACACCCAACACCUCCGUUUGACACAGUAGUUCCCAGAUGUUCCCAGAAUGAAUUAUAUUGUGUUUUGCAGCAUGUAACGUGCACUUUUUUCACUCAGAAAAUGGCAAUAAGUUACCCCAUCGCGGUAUACGCCGAAGGUACAAAUUUUGAUUGAUUUAAAUAAAAAAUAGUGUGAUGCAAGAUAAAAUUAAAGUGUGAAUAAGCAGAAGAGAGGAGGAGGACAUGUGAAGGAAUAGUCAUACAGGUCACAAGAAGAUGUGCCACACAUGGGAGCCGAGGCGCGGCGUGAACACAAAACACAAAACACAACACCGCGCAAGUCACCAGUGUGCCGGGUACCUUGGCGGUGAUGGUUAAAGCGGCUAGUACACGGGAACAACACUGGUGGAGCAGGGUGCUUGCUGCCUGACGUGACUGCCCGGCGACUGUGGGGCGGACUUGAGCGGAUUAGUCAGGAGAUAUUUCUGCUGUGCAGCGACCCGGUCAGCUGACAUUUUCUGUGAUACAUGUUCGAAAGAACAGAUAUCCGAGGAUGACUAAAGUGUUUAUUGUAAACGCAUUUUUGUUUCUCAUUGUAAAAAUAACUAUUAAAACAUAAUAUGAUUGGCAGAAAUUAACCAACAUCAAUUUCUACUUGAAAGUAGGUAUGCGGUCCCUGAAAGUCGAGAUCAAGACCAAGAUUGCCCAUCAAACGUAGCAUCCCCGUGUGAUUAGUUAGCUCAGUAGCUUGGUGAAAGUUACCGCUUGCACACUGCACAGUGAGUGAAUCUACCAACCAACCCUUUUGUUUACCAUUUCAAAGUCACAGCUGCUCGGGGUAAGAGCACUGUAACUCUUCAACCAACAGUGGAACACUUUGAACACAGAGAAAGGCACAGAGCAACAUAUGGCAUCAUAGUCAUGAUUGUAAGUGAGGUGGAAAAAUGAAAUACUGCACACACAUUAAGUUCAGGGAAAAUGUGUAAUUAUUUUUUUUAAAUAUACCUCGCCCAAUUACAGGUGCGUCUUAUACGCCGGUGUGUCUUAUAUGGCGGAAAAUACGGUAUCCAUCAUUGUCUGCGCCUGUCGCCUCUCACUCUCCUGUACGCCAGCGUUGGCAGUCUCAGUUUCUUUGGCUGUUUCUCAUAACUCAAGUUCCUCAGUGUUGGUGUUUUCUGACUUGCCCUUCUUUGUAGGUUUUCUCUUGCCUCUACAUCUUUAAUUAGCUAAGGAGCCCUGACGUGACUGGCCUACUCCAAAGGGGGUCUGACUAGUGCAACAUUGAGAGACUUAAAUAUUUCCUCACCAAGAUACAAAUGUCCUCCUACCCAGUCCUCUUCUUCCUCUACUUUUGUUUAAACGUCCUUAUUUUUCCUCAUUGGGUUGGACGUCCCACUGUUCUACUGGCUUUAUUUAUCAUCUCCGUGCGGUGUCCUGAAAAAUCUAGCUGACUGUCAACUACUACGCCAGUGUCGUGCUCAGAAUUGAUUUCAAUUAUUUUCUCACUCAUGCAAUAUCCCGCAUCUCCAGUCUCACAUUUGACAAUUCGCAAGCAUUCACACUUUGUCCGGCCGCGCUCCUCUUGCCCUGCGCCAGUGAGAGUUCAGGAGGGAGUCAGUCUCUGGCCUGUCAGGGGCUUCAAAAAUAGGAGAAGAGGAACACCAACUAACACCUUUGUUUGAUAUGCAUGCCAUGCACCACUACUGUCCCUUGCUGGAGUCAUUCCUGACGUUGGAAGCUGCAGUGAUUCACGUUCCCUUCAAGUCAAAGGAUGAGUUUGACGCUUGUCAGCUGGAACCUUUCCCUUUCCCUACUGAAGAAGGUGAUAUAUAGCUGAGUGUUGUCGAAGAAUAGGGGAUAGAUAUCUGGAAACAGAGGUGCGCAAGUGUGGUACUUAGUGCGGUAGUACCGCAUUACAAAAAAAGUACCGCACUACCACAAAAUUUCUGAAAAUACCGCACUACCGCGGACCGCACUAAAAACCUGCGGUACUUUUUUGCGGUAAUUUGAAAACUAUCGAAGACGACAUUUGCUGCGCGGCGCGCUGCUCACAGAAAUGUGUUUUUUACAGUGAAUCGGAUUCAAUCAGUCAAUCGGUAUCAGUCAUCAGAAACAGUGAUUCAAUCAUUCUGACUUUUCAGUUACUGUUCAAAAUUAAAUAUUAAAUAGACGGACUAAACUACUACACUGCGAGUCUUCUUUAACCCGCGCGGUGCCGCCCAUUUCAACCCCGGACCCGUCCGUGGUGCCGGCCGAUUUUUCACUGUACUAUUUUAAGCAUGUUUCCUUUGUUUGGAUGCCAGGAUAGGCACUGGAGUAUUUUUUAUUUUGACUACCGCUACCGCAGUACCGCACGCUGCGUACGUCACUGGGAAAGAAAAAAAUGGGACCGCACUACCGCAACCGCACUACUCCGGAAAAAGUACCACACUACCGCAACCGCACUACUCUGGAAAAAGUACCACACUACCGCAACCGCACUACUCCGGAAAAAGUACCACACUACCGCAACCGCACUACUGAUUUUUCAGUACCGCGCCACCUCUGUCUGGAAGAUUGUGUCGAGUGGAUAGGUGGAGAAACUGUGUUUUUGAGGCGUUGAAGGACACCAGGUUCUUCUUGCCCCAAUCAGAAAUAAUAGUUAGGUCUGAGGCUAAGCGUUCUGCAGCCUCCAGUCUGGAAUCGUUUAGUUCUUGUUGAGUGGGUCUUCUAAUAAAAAAAGUUGAGUAAUGCAGAGUGGAGUCAUCGGCGUCAGGAUGGAUAGGACAGUUCAUUUUGGAAAGAAAAUCAUUAAUGAACAACAGAAAGAGUGUGGGAGAUAGGACAGAGCCCUGCGGGACACCACUGAUAAUAGGUUUAGGGGAAGAACAGUGACCGUCUACCACAGCAAAAAUAGAACGGUCAGAGAGGAAACUUGAGAUAAAGGUACAGAGAGAAGGAGAGAAACCAUAGGAGGGUAGUUUGAAAAGCAAAGAUUUGUGCCAGACCCUAUCAAAGUCUUUUGAUAUGUCCAGCGCAAUAGCAAAGGUUUCACCGAAACGGCUAAGAGAGGAUGACCAAGAGUCAGUUAGGAAGGCAAGGAGAUUGCCAGUAGAACGCCCCUUGCGGAACCCAUACUGGCGAUCAGAUAGAAGGUCAGAAGUGGAAAGGUGCUUUUGAAUCUUCCGGUUAAGGAUUGAUUCAAAAGUUUAGAUAGACAAGAAAGCAAAGCUAUAGGAUGGUAGUUUGUGGGAUCGGAACGGUCACCCUUCUUAGGCACAGCUAGGCUGUAUGAAGGCAUACUUCCAGCAGGAAGGAAAGGUAGAUGUUGACAGGCAGAGAUGAAAGAGUUUGACCAGGCAGGGUGUCAGCACGGAAGCACAGUUUUUAAGGGAAGGCGCCGCCAAAAAAUGGGUAUUUUUCACUAUUUCAGCCAAAUUUUAAAAGUUACUCCAAAAAACAGCUGAACAUGUUACACGUUCCCUGUGAAUGUUUGGCAGCUGUAUGAUAGUUCUUUUCCUUUCAAAUAAUUUGAUUUGUAUUACUAAUUUCGUGGCCCCCUCCCUGCGGAAACCUCCGUUUUCUGUAGAAUACUCUUUUUAUGAAAAGCGUGUCAUCAUUCAUCUGGCAAAAUUCUAGUGGCAGCCAGCAAGCCUUGGAGAGUGU